AUGCUCCCUGGGAAAACGGAGGUCGCAGCACUCUUAAACAAAAGUAAACACACCUUCCAAAAAUAUAGGGACUUCGAGUAUUCCAGACCAGUUGCAGCCGCCCACAAUGGGAUCCGCCUUUUAUUGCUCAGGCCGGGCAGAUUUCUCGACGACAUCCAAAGCGAUCUCGUCGACGUCUGCCUCGACGACCAGCUUAGCUAUGAGGCCCUCUCGUAUACUUGGGGUGACGGAAAGACAAAGCGUCCGAUCCGUGUCAACGGAUCACGACUAGACGUCUCGGCAAACCUUGAAGUGGCGCUGCGUCACUUACGCUCCCUGACUGCCACAAGAGUUCUCUGGAUUGAUGCGCUUUGCAUCAAUCAGGGCGACUAUCAGGAGAGAUCAGGCCAGGUCCAGAAAAUGUUCCAAAUCUACCAGCGGGCGACGAAUGUUAUCGCCUGGUUGGGCAAAGAGAGCCGGGGCAGCGGGGAUUCGAUGGCCCUUGUUACGGACUUUGCCAUGUUUCUCAGGGCAAAUGGUGUUGUCGACUUAGAAUCGGCCCAGAAUUUUCAGAAACGGGCCAAGAAGUCAAAGAAAGGACCCAGCGGAGACCUGAACGAUCUUGGUUUCCCGUUCAAGGAAAAGGAACGAGACUGGGAAUCCUUGUGGACGCUCUUGAGGCGGACAUACUGGAGCCGGAUGUGGAUAUUGCAGGAACUGGCUGCAAGGGGAUAUUGGGGUACUAAAGACUCCAUGUCGUGUACUCUUCAGUGUGGUUUGGAUACCGCAUCAAUGCACGAUCUACAAAUGAUAUUUGACCAUUUCAACAUCAUGUGGUCUUGGUACUCUCCGAGUGAGGUCGGGGACUGGCGCCUUCAGCAGCCGUUCAAGUCAUUCACGAGACAGGGCUUUAUGGAUCCCCCGGGCUUUACCAUGUGCGCCACUCUGAGAUUGUUUCACCUUGACCGUAUUGCUGGGGGAUCGACCCUGAAGAGGCUGCUGCACUUAUCACACCCUCUGGAUGCCUCAGAAGACCGUGACAAGAUGUAUGCGCUCCUUGGCCUCGUGUCCCAAAAUCAUGCAACGAGUCCAGACUAUACGAAAUCACUUUCGGAUAUCUUGAUAGACUAUGUCAGGAAUAGCGUCGAGACAGAUGGCUCUUUGAACGCUCUUUUCUCUAACCGCUUGUACCCGUGCGAGUCAGGGCUGCCAACAUGGACGCCCGAGAUUCGUAAGAAAUGGCAUGCUCCGUGCCAAUGGGAAAAGCAUGGGAUCGACACGCUGUUCAAAGCGAGCGGCAGCAAGAAGGCAGAUGUCGAAUUCGUCCCAUACCAGGACUUAAAUCAGGAAUCGGUAAUUCUACGUGCCAAGGGUGCUGUCAUUGGCGAGAUUGACCAUGUCAUCGGCCCUUGCCGCAUCGAUGAUCUCGUACAACGUACCAUAAUGAAAAGAGCCUCCCAAUUUAUCCACCGAGGAAGGUAUGAGUUGUUCAUGAUGGAGCUCGGCCAAUUUGCAUCCGAUCUCGAGUAUGGGUCAGCCGACUACGGCUCCUUCUGGCGAACUUUGGUCUUGAAUAGAAACGAGGACCGUAAUGACACUCGGCAAGCCUCCAAGGAUCUGCGUAUUGGAGGAGUUAUCGAACUGCGAAGAGACUGGUUACAAUCAAAAGAAAUGGCCGAGGUCGCCUCGGGUGAGGAUGGCAUCAAGCAUAGAAACACCUUCCGCCGGUGCGUAUAUAGAUGCGUGAUGAACCGUACCUUUUUCAGGGCUAGGGGCCACACGUAUACGUACAUGGGCCUCGGGCCGUAUGACGGCCGUCCUGGAGAUCUGGCGGUCGUUUUGUAUGGGUCUGAUCAGUGCUUGGUGUUGCGACCAAGGGGAGAAGGGCUAGAGGGGUACAAUGUGAUCGGGACGGCAUAUGUUCACGGUGUGAUGCAGGGAGAAUUGGUAGAGGAGCAAGGCGUGCAAGAGAGAGUAUUCGAUCUUUACUAA